AAUCACAAGCUGGGUGGGAAGUAGCAAAAUUACUAAACUAGUGAACUUGUUACUCCUGGGGGGAGUGGUGUGAGUGGUGAUACAGCCGUAUGGACUGUGGCAGCUGGCGGGAUUCAAUGUUGAACAGUUUGCAGAUUAGAAUUCAUUACUGAAAGUUGUUACUUAUAACGUGUUCGAGUGUGUAUGUGUGUGGUCGCGGAUUGAGACAACGCCCCCCUCAGCGGACAGACAAGCGACUGCUCGAGCCGACGUGGGUCGACAAUCUAUCCAUGAUGCGAGCCCUGGUUUUCUUCGCCUGGCUCCUUGCCACGCUCCAGCCUUUCGUCACAGCCAACGACUGCGUCGUAAUCAGUGACGCUGACGCGGUCAAGAAUCUGCCUCUGCUCACCACCACUGAGUUCACCGCUGACAUCGAAAUGUCCAGCACUGAGACCGCCCGAGUCAUACAGAUCAUGAUGUAUUACAGCCAGACAAAGAACCAGAUACGCCUCAACAUGCUGGACAAUGGUCAACUGUCAGACCUCUUCUUUUACUAUGAAGAUCAGGAGGUUCUCGGCAUCGACUACAGCAUAGGGCGGGGCAACUGUACGGCUAAGAAACUGUCAGACGCUCCGGAGACCUUCAUGGUGGGCGGGGUCAAGGACGACGCCAAGAUCCCCAGUGCACUGGGCGUGCUGCGAAUGACGGGCAAGUCUGGAUUCAAUGACGACAACAUCAAGGUCAAGCACGUGGGUCAAGCUGUCUUCAGGGAUAUGAACGUGGAACAGUACGAGUCCUGCCAGAGAUGGGCCAUCAAUGGCCAGGAAUUAGUUUUCAAGGUCACCCACUACUUCUCCAACGCGACCACGUGGAAGUUGCCGUCUGACCAAGUAAUUCCUAUUGCUAUGACAUUGGAUGGUACGGGGACAGUGAGAGGUCAGUCCGUGCAAGUCAAGCAUACGUACAGCUUCUUCAAUUUCCAGUUCUCUGUCGUCCCUGUACAGCUGGAGACACCCCCUGGCGUCUUCUGCAGGCGUGAGAAAGUAUACCCUUUCCCGCCAACACCUAACUAUAUCCAGUUCUCCGCAGAGGUGAUCGACCACGCAAACGGUGCCUAUACCUUCCUCGAGGAAAUCUUCUCCACCGAUGACAAGUUCGCGGUCAUGAGACUUCAGAAAAGUAGCGACCUGGGCUCUGACAAGGGCAUAAACAAACGCGAGAUACUUCAGGACUUCACUUCCGGCCUCUCGUUCAUCGUGGACAAAAAAGUGGGCACCUGUAAAGUAAUGAACAUUACGCAAAGCAACAAAGCUACCCCUUUGCCUUUCUACACAGUGCAGGAUGACGGUAAAAUCAAGCAACUGAGCCCGGCCAAAUUCUUUUACGCAUUCGGCACUGAGUAUCACUAUCUUGGAGAAAGAAAUGUGAGAGGUAUCAUGAGCGACACCUUCGUCACCCGCACAACCCUCCUUAACAGUCAAACACCCAGCAACCUGGCCACUAUAGAGUGGUACUUCGCAAAGCAUGCAACCACCUGGAACGACAACAGUAAGUCCUACAAAGACCAAAAGCUCCAAAUCCCUGUAAAGUUCCGGAUGUGGGAAAGCGACACGACUACUUACAGCACAGACAUGAAUAUCUACGACGUUGACUUCACUCGGCUCAAGCUUGGAGUCUUUGACGUGCGUCCAUGUUUCCCGGACAGUGCCAAGAACCACUUCCAGACCGUACUGGAAGGAGCUACACGUGACAUCGUGAACAGAUACAGGGAGAAUUUCCUCAGCAAAGCCAUGUUCACCAUCGCCGACCAAGCCCAAGUCCUGUGGUGGCGCGUGGUGGGCCUCAGACUGGACAUCACGCAGAGCCAGGUGCUGUUCGAGUUUGACAUCAUGAACCAGCCCCCGUAUGCUGGCGACGUGGAGCAGAGCCUCUACACUCCCGUGUCCCUGGAGGAUGCCACCAAGAACCUGAUCGACAGCGUGAGGCGCGGACUCUCUCUGAUGGCCUAUAACCCUGAUACCAAACUUUUCGACAAGCACUUGCGCAUGUCCAAUUUCAAAGUCAUGUAAGCCGGGCGGUCAACUGGCGCAAAGGUCUCUCUCUCUCUCUCUCUUUCUCUCUCUCUCUCUCUCUCUC